AUAACUCGCCGAGUUGGAAUAUUCAUACCAAGUUUGUGUGUUCCUUCUUCUUAAUUUGACCAAAUUUUUUGGUUCGAUUUCUAAAACUGAUCGAAGAGAAGGAAGAACAGGAGAAAGAUCAGGCCAUGGCGGGGGGAGAGAACAGUAGUGGUAAUAAUAAUGAAGAGCCGUCGUCGCCACCAUCAACGGCGGAACAAAACGACGUCGUGAAGGUGGAAAAGGUGUCGUUUUUGAAGCUCUUCACGUUCGCAGACCGGUUGGACAUGGUGUUGAUGGUGGUGGGGUCGGUUUGUGCGGUGGCGAAUGGGCUGUCUCAGCCGCUCAUGACUCUCGUCUUUGGCCAACUCAUCAACACUUUCGGUUCCACCGAUCAGUCCAAUAUUCUUCACGAAGUUUCUAAGGUUUCGUUGAAAUUUGUUUACUUGGCAAUUGGGACUGGCAUUGCUGCCUUUCUUCAGGUUUCAUGUUGGAUGGUAACUGGAGAAAGACAAGCCACUCGUAUUAGAGGUUUAUACUUAAAAACUAUACUCAGACAAGACAUUGCCUUCUUUGAUACCGAAACUACCACUGGAGAAGUCAUUGGUAGAAUGUCAGGGGACACCAUUCUCAUCCAAGAGGCCAUGGGCGAAAAGGUAGGGAAGUUCAUACAACUCACUUCAACUUUCUUUGGUGGGUUUGUCAUUGGCUUCAUCAAAGGAUGGCUUCUCACCCUUGUCUUGCUAGCCUGCAUUCCUGUCAUUGUCUUAGCCGGCGGUAUCAUGGCCUCGAUGAUGUCGAAAAUGGCGAGCAGAGGACAGAUUGCUUAUGCAGAUGCUGGCAAUGUUGUUGAACAAACUGUUGGAUCCAUUAGAACGGUUGCAUCUUUCACCGGAGAGAAGAAAGCUAUUGAGAAGUACGACAAGAAGAUUGAGAUUGCAUAUAAGAUGAUGGCUCAUCAAGGCUUGGCCUCAGGGAUAGGACUUGGUGUGGUUUUGUGUAUUGUGUUUGGGACUUAUGGACUUGCUGUAUGGUACGGAUCAAAGUUGAUCAUUGAAAAGGGCUACAAUGGUGGACAAGUUAUAAAUGUGAUCUUUGCCAUCAUGACUGGUGGAAUGUCUUUAGGACAGACAUCUCCAUGCUUGAAUGCUUUUGCUUCAGGACAAGCUGCAGCCUACAAAAUGUUCGAAACUAUAAAAAGAAAGCCGAAAAUCGAUGCUUAUGACACUGUUGGGACAGUGUUGGAAGACAUAAGAGGUGAAAUUGAGCUCAAAGAUGUCUACUUUAGGUACCCUGCAAGGCCAGAUGUUCAGAUUUUUUCUGGCUUCUCUUUACAUGUUGCGAGUGGGACGACUGCUGCCUUAGUUGGCCAAAGUGGGAGUGGAAAAUCAACAGUGAUCAGCUUGUUGGAAAGAUUCUAUGAUCCUGAUUCAGGACAAGUGCUUAUAGAUGGUGUUGAUUUGAAGAAUUUGCAGCUUAAAUGGAUAAGGGAGAAGAUUGGACUAGUUAGCCAAGAACCUGUUCUGUUUGCAGCAACUUUAAGAGAAAAUAUAGCUUAUGGGAAGGAAAAUGCAACAGAUGAGGAGAUUAAAACAGCCAUUGAGCUUGCUAAUGCUGCUAAAUUCAUUAACAAACUUCCUCAGGGUUUGGAUACACUGGCAGGAGAGCAUGGAACACAGCUCUCUGGUGGACAAAAGCAGAGAAUAGCAAUUGCAAGAGCCAUUUUGAAGAAUCCAAGAAUUCUUCUCCUUGAUGAAGCAACAAGCGCGCUCGAUACAGAAUCCGAAAGGAUUGUUCAAGAGGCAUUGGAGAGAGUUAUGCAGAAUCGAACGACAGUGGUUGUUGCUCAUCGUUUGACAACUAUAAGGAAUGCUGACUUGAUAGCAGUGGUGCACCAAGGGAAGAUUGUGGAGAGAGGUACUCAUGAUGAGUUGAUAUCUGAUCCUGAAGGAGCUUACUCCCAACUGGUUCGCCUGCAACAAGGAGCUAAUGAAGCAGAAGAUGUCCAUGGUUCUGAGAUGGAUAGAAACGGCAUUAGUUUUGACCGCGAAAAGUCCAUGACAAAGUCUAGCAGCAUUAGAUUAUCAUUGAGGAGAUCCAUUAGUAGAGGCUCUUCAUCAAGCAGCCGCCGCUCUUUCGCUCUAGGCUUCGGUCUUCCUGGCCAGAUUAGUAUUCAUGAGACUGAAGAAAAAGGUGAAGAGACUUAUACAGAACAGGAGAACAAAUCAAGAAGUGAUCAAAAGGUUCCUCUCAGGAGGUUAUUCAAGCUUAACAAGCCUGAGAUACCGGUGUUGAUUAUUGGCUCCAUGGCUGCAGCUGUUCAUGGUGUUAUUUUCCCAAUCUUUGGCCUUUUACUCUCAAGUUCCAUUGACAUGUUCUUUAAACCGCCGAGCCAGCUACGAAAGGACUCAAGAUUCUGGGCAUUGAUCUAUUUAAUCUUGGCUAUAGUUGUUUUCGUGGUAGUUCCAUUCCAGAAUUUAUUCUUCUCAAUAGCUGGUGGAAAACUAAUCCAGCGAAUUCGUUCUCUAACUUUUGCCAAAGUUGUCCACCAAGAAAUCAGCUGGUUUGAUGACCCUGCUAAUUCAAGUGGCGCUAUUGGUGCGAGGUUGUCAACUGAUGCUUCGACGGUUAAGGCUCUUGUUGGUGAUGCAUUGGCGCUAGUUGUUCAGAACAUAGCGACAAUCGUAGCAGGGCUAGUGAUAGCUUUCACAGCAAACUGGAUGUUAGCCUUGAUAAUUCUAGCAGUGUCUCCUAUUAUGAUCCUCCAGGGAACCGUACAGACAAAGUUUAUAAAAGGGUUCAGUGCUGAUGCCAAGGUUAUGUAUGAAGAAGCUAGUCAAGUGGCGAACGAUGCAGUGGGCGGGAUCAGAACUGUGGCUUCGUUUUGUGCUGAAAAGAAGGUUAUGGAGAUGUACCAGAGGAAAUGUGAGGGUCCUAUGGCUCAUGGAGUGAGGUUAGGACUAGUGAGUGGAGGAGGCUUUGGCUUCUCAUUCUUUGCUAUGUUCUGCAUGAAUGCAUUCUGUUUCUACAUUGGUGCUGUUCUUGUAGAACAUGGAAAGGCAGAGUUUGGAGAGGUUUUCAAGGUUUUCUUUGCUUUAACAAUCUCAGCAAUGGGGGUGUCACAAAGUAGUGCCUUGGCUCCUGACUCCACCAAAGCAAGAGAUUCAGCAGCCUCAAUAUUCAAAAUUCUCGACAGAAAGCCUGCCAUCGAUUUGAGCAGCGACGAAGGUGUAACCUUGCCAACCAUAACAGGAGAUAUUGAACUUCAACAUGUCAGUUUCAGAUAUGCAACGAGGCCAAAUGUUGAAAUCUUCAGAGACUUGUCUUUAACCAUCCCAUCUGGAAAGACUGUAGCUUUAGUAGGAGAAAGUGGUAGUGGAAAGUCAACAGUUAUCAGCUUGAUUGAGAGAUUCUAUGACCCUCUUUCUGGUCAAUUGACACUAGAUGGAGUUGACAUAAAAAAGUUCAAGCUAAGCUGGUUGAGGCAACAAAUGGGGUUAGUGAGUCAAGAACCAAUUCUGUUCAACGAGACGAUUCGAGACAACAUCGCCUAUGGAAAACAAGGAGAAGUAACUGAGGAAGAGAUCAUAUCAGCAACAAAAUCAGCCAAUGCUCACAACUUCAUAUCAUCACUUCCUAAUGGCUAUGACACCUCAGUUGGAGAAAGAGGGACACAGUUAUCAGGAGGACAAAAGCAAAGGAUAGCCAUAGCCAGAGCAAUACUAAAGAACCCGAAAAUCCUCUUGCUUGAUGAAGCUACAAGUGCAUUGGAUGCAGAGUCAGAAAGGGUGGUUCAAGAUGCCUUGGACAGAGUUAUGGUGAACAGAACUACUGUUGUUGUUGCACACAGGCUCACCACCAUCAAAGGUGCUGAUAUCAUCGCCGUGGUGAAGAACGGUGUGAUCGCUGAGAAGGGUCGCCAUGAAUCCUUGAUAAAGAUCCCUGAUGGUGCCUAUGCAUCUUUGGUGGCUCUUCACAUGACUUCCACUAGAUGAUGAUAGUAUUAAGAGUGUGUAUUAGUUCAGAAUUUUACUCUCCCAGCCAAGAUCAUGGGGGCACACUGUUUUAGUUCGUAUAACAGAGACAGACAAAACAAAAUGUUAACAUAACGAAAGUGUUGUUAGAUUAUACAAUGGCUGUUGUUUAUUA